CGCCUUGGCUGUGCGCGCAUGCGCGUUGCAGAGUGUAGGUUGUAGAAAUGGAGCUAAACUAUGCUGAGAGUAUUUACUUUAUUUAUGUAGGUAAAAUCCUCUCAUCAGAGCCUCGCUGCUGAACUGUGCUGUGUGAUUCGGUUUUAUGAGAAAACAAAGGAUAUACAGACCGCUAAACGGAAGCUUUAGACCAACCUCUUCAACUUUUCUUUGGACAGUUGAAACUUCCAGCUCGUUGGUGAAGGAAAUGAGAGGCUUACAAGCUCAGCUGUGACCAGCAGGACUUUAGGCUUUUACUUUCCUUUCACCUUGUCACACCUAACAGCCUGGCAUGGCUACAACACAAACCAGUGCCUUGACCCUGGUAACGGAGGAGGCCAGAGGUGUUACUGCAGAUGCCACAGUGGAAAAAAAUAACCAUCAGUCAUCCACAGCUGGAAACAGUCUUAAGUCUCCUCAGCUAGAGGACCUAGAUUCCUUCAACCUAAUAGAGCCUCCUCCGCUAGACUGGAGGUCUGAUUCUUCUAGUGAAUGUUCACUUCGAGAUAUGGAUGAUCCAGGAUCUUUCCAUACCGACUCUACUGAUGCACCAUUAGAGGAAUUAAGUGACUGUGGGGCAUCAAAUUUGGGCUUUACUCCAGCAGAAACACUGUCAGAAGAUCCAACAAGUCAAAAGAUGGGAAUUGAGGAAUCUAAUAGUGAGGCACUUGAGACAAAACUAGAAGAGAAGAAGGAGAAGAGGCCGAAAGAACAGAUUAGGCAACGAGACUUGGACCACUCCCAUAUUCAUUCAUUGCUCACUCAGCUUCAGCUCUUUCACCCAACACCACCUCCUACAGACAUUACUCCAGAAUCAAAACAAGAAAAGUCUGCGUGCAGUCCUGAAUUUUUAGCUGGCCAGCACUCUUCCACAUGUUUAGUGCCAGAGAUUAGUGAGAUAUCGACCUGCACUGAAGGGAACAUAGCUUCUGGCCUCCUUUUUACAGAGAGUCAUCAAAAAGAUCUUCUACAGCUUCUGGAGGAGCCGGAACCUGAGGAACCUCAUGCGAUUUACACAGCCCAUUCUAAUGACAGCCAUGCUGGACACAUACCGCAACUCAGUGACCCCCAAACAGGGUACAUAUCGCAGACGGGUAAUGCAGAUGAAAUGGACUUUUAUGGCCAAGAUAUGUGGCACAGCCCCUUCAAGGAUGAGUUUAUGGUCUCAGGCUACUCCAAAGACGAGGUCAUGGAUGAAUGGCAGCAGUCCAAAGGUCUUUCCUCAGACAUGGAGCCUUCCCACAGUGCUGAUGUGGAUGCUGAAGAUGAGACUAUGCCUUCUUAUAAAGAUGUGCCUGGUCCUUGUGAUCCUGAGGACCUUCUGGAUGGAGUAAUAUUUGGAGCCAAGUACCUGGGAUCCACACAACUGCAGUCAGAUAAAACCCCCUCCACCAAUGCUCGUAUGGCUCAGGCACAAGAAGCUGUAGACCGCAUUAAGGCGCCUGAAGGAGAGUCUCAGCCGAUGACUGAGGUGGACCUGUUUAUCUCCACCCAAAGAAUUAAAGUAUUGAGUGCAGACACACAGGAGGCUAUGAUGGACCAUCCGCUGCAGAUGAUAUCCUAUAUAGCAGACAUUGGAAGCGUUGUGGUUUUGAUGGCACGCAGGAAACCACCACCUCACAAACCCACAAAUGCAGAAGCAGAAGCUUCAGCACCACCUAAAAAAUGCUGGAUGAUCUGUCAUGUUUUCUCUUCUGAUGAUGCACAAGUUAUAGCUCAGGCAAUUGGUCAGGCUUUUGGAGUCGCAUAUCAGCAGUUUUUGCAAGAAAAUGGACUUAAAGCAGGUCAGCUACGGCCAGGGGAGUACAGCGACUACCUCGGCACACAAGAACAGUAUAAUGGAGACCUGGUCCACUUCUCCCGAUCUGAAAACAUCAGAGAAAUUUGUAUAAAGAAGCAGAUUGGAGAGAUCCUGGGAAUAGCGGUGGUAGAAUCUGGCUGGGGCUCCAUCUUGCCCACAGUUGUGGUGGCCAACCUGCUGCACGGAGGCCCUGCUGAACGCUCUGGAGAGCUGAGCAUCGGAGACCGCAUCAUGUCUGUAAAUGGCACCAGCCUGGUGGGCCUGCCAAUCACCACCUGCCACAACAUCAUACGGGAUUUGAAAAGCCAAGCCCAGGUGAAGAUCAGCAUAGUCCACUGCCCCCCUGUAACCAUGGCUAUCAUUAAGCGACCUGACCCCAAAUAUCAACUGGGCUUCAGUGUGGAGGAUGGCAUUAUUUGCAGUUUAAUGCGCGGAGGCAUUGCGGAAAGGGGUGGCAUUCGGGUUGGCCAUCGCAUUAUUGAAAUAAAUGGACAGAGUGUAGUAGCCACGCCUCAUGAGAAAAUCAUCCAGAUCCUCAGUAAUGCUGUAGGAGAGAUUCAUUUGAAGACCAUGCCAACAUCUACGUAUCGUCUUUUAACUGGACAAGAGCAGCCGGUAUUCCUCUGAAAAAGAUGAAUUAUGGAAGACUUUCUUAUUGGAUGUAGUUCUUCAGUUUGGAACCACUCCGACAUAUCAUGCAACGAAUAUUGAGAAUUAAAUGUCACUUUGCACUUCUUUCCUAUUUGUAUGCAAGUCAGUGCUGAAACUCUGGAGCUCAGCUUGUUGCAGGAGUCAAGUUGAAGCGUAAAGAUUUUAGCAAAUAAUGCACUAGAAGAAUCUGUGAUACAUUUCACACAGCAUGCACAUAUGUUUCCCACUAUGCCUUUGUGAAUAUCCUUAAUUGUGGAAAUAUAUUUGUGUGUGUUGUUUUUAGGACAGAGCUACUACUGUAAACAGUGCAAAUGAGUACCAGAACUAUUUACAUGUUUAAGUGAUUUUGCUCAUUGGUGUGCUCAUUGGGGUAAGGCAUUGCAUGCUGUGUUUGGAAAUGGAGCCUUAGUGCCUGUUUUUAAAAAAGAGAAAAUCUGUGACUUUAAUUGGCUCAAAUGAUUUUAGCAAUAGAACUAUUUUAACAGCUGCUGUAUUGGAUUUUUUUUUAUUAAAAGAUAUAUUCUCAA